GUCUUGGUGAGAGCGACCAGUCUUCAGCUUGGCAGCCUGCAGGAUGGACCUAAGACCUCCAUGCAUCGCGACCAUCACAGUCUUCUUCGCAAUAUCUUCAUUAGCUCAAGACAUACAGCCCAAUGCGUCAACGGUUGCAACAACACUAGCUCAAGAAAUACAGAAUGUGUCUGCUCUUCUACCAACAGUGAUACCAGGAAUGGUGUAUAAUGUCACAUCUUCACCUACAUCAGGUACGAAGGAGGGACGAGCACUCGCAAAUUUGACAGAAUCAGCUUUAGAUGACGUCACCAUGGACGAAGAUGCCCAAUGCCAUGAAGGUGAAACCAAAGAGCACGGUUGUGAUGAGAUAUGCCAGUGCAAUAAUGGCCGAAUGGAAUGCAGACCUCGAUGCACAGGACCUUUGGUGAGAUCAACUUUAUCUAGUCCUGAUCCCAAUUGUUUUCUCAAACAAGAAAAUGAAUGUUGUUCAAAAAUGAUUUGUUCUCAUUCUAAUGAGGAAAAUGAACCAGAGAUACAAUCAUGUACUCAUAACAAUCAGACAUAUAAGAAGGGUGAACAAUUUAAUGUUGAGUGUACCAUUUGUGAAUGUACUGAUAAUGGAGCAGUUCAGUGUAAACCAAGGUGUCCUCCUACCACUAAUAACACUAAUUCAGAUUCAGACAGAUGUUUAACUGUACCAGAUAAGAAAGAUCCUUGUUGUACCAUUCUCUACUGUGAUGUCAAUGAAAGUGAAGAUGGAUUGGAUGAAGAUAGUGAUGACUUUGUUGAACUUAACUUAGUUUCUGCUGUACCUGCUAAUAAUUCUGCAGUGAUUUUGAAUUUUGAUAGCUUAACUGUACCAGAUCAUAUCCAAGCAGAAAUUAGCCAAGAUAAAUCUACAUGGUUGAUAGCUAAAACAUCAGGACAUAUUGUACAGGACCUAAAACCAGGGAAUACAUACUAUUUUCGAGUAGUAUCUGCUUCUGGUGUAUCAAAUAUAGUUUCUAGCACACUUCCAAAAUUAAGUGUGAACUCAUCACUUUGUGAAUACAAAGGCAAAACAUAUAAAAAAGGGGUUGAAUUUCAUGAUGGUUGUACAGCAUACUGCAUGUGUGCAGAGGAAGGUGUAGAAUGUGCAGCAAUUGAAUGCCCAACUGACUUUGGCUUAGAUGUUUUAGAUCCACAGUGUUUGAAGUGGGAAAACAGGCCAGUUGAUUUUAAACCAACUCCACCAAGGUGUUGUCCAGAUUCAGUGGUGUGUGUUAAUAACGGAUCAUGUGUUUACAAAGGAGAAACAUUUGAAAACUGGUCUGAUAUACCUACCAAAUUAAGUGGUUGUGAAAUGAAAUGCUAUUGCCAAGCUGGUAAUGUUAAUUGUAUGCCAAGAUGUCCUCCUAUUCCCGCUACACCUCCUCAAGACAUGCAUUGUGCUUCCAAUGCGGUUCCCAUUGUUGCACAUCCACCUGAUGAUAACUGCUGUUUACACUGGAUGUGUCCUUCUUCUAAUGGUGUUAGUCAACAAUAUCAUCCUCAAGAUUUUGGUAAUCACCCUUCUCAUGAAAAAAAUUCAAUUACGGUUCAUGCAUUGGAAGCAAUAGAUGAAAACACUGUCCGACUUGUGUUUUCUGUUCCUAUGAUUUUAGUUGGACUUCAUGGGCGAGUUGAGUUGCGAUAUACUGCUGAUAAUAAAAACAGUGACCCUGACACUUGGGAACAACAAGUAUUAGCGCCACCCGAUGAUAUUAUUGCUACUCCUGAACUUGAAUUUAAACUUGAAGGUUUAACAGCUAAUACUGAAUAUAAAAUAAAAAUAACUGUUGUUAUGCGGGACUUGGAUAAUUCCCCUGUCAGUCAGAUACUGACAGUUAAAACACCGCCAGCAUCAUUUUCAACUCCAACCUUACCUCCUGCGAUUCCUGUAGACCCUGAUUUACAUGUUGUUGACGUCAACUCAACUUCAGCUACUCUAUCUUGGAGAAAGUUUGCAGAAAAAGAAUUACAAUUUAUUGAUGGUGUUCAGUUGAGAUACAAAGAAAUUGAAGGAAAAGUGUACCAAGCAACCCCUUUGAUUCAUAGAGCAGUAACAAGUUAUACAAUUGAAGAUUUAAAACCUGAAUCACAAUAUGAAGUUGGUAUGCUUCUGAUCCCAUUUCCUGGACAAACAACUGAACUACAAUCACAGAAAACUGUGCAUAUAUCUACCACUAUGGAAAAUGAUCCAUACAAAUUUGAGCUAGUUUUAGAUAUGCAUCAUAUCAAAAGUACAUCUGUUGAGGUUAGUUGGAGCGGUGUUCCCUAUCCAGAGGAUAAAUAUGUCAACAUUUUCAGAGCAAUUUAUCAAUAUGAAGGAGGUCGGGAAGACAUGAAUUCAUUUAAAGUAGCUAAAAGAGAUUCACCAUCUGGUACAUUGAUUCAAGGCCUGAAACCUGACACAAGGUACCGAUUAUGGAUUGAAGCUUACUUAACUAAUGGUAAAAUUAAAAAAAGUAACGUAAAAGAUUUUAUCACAAAGAAGGGAUCAGGUUCAUCUGUUGAUAUUACUCAAGGGAAGUUUGAAGGUGCUUCUUUAGCAGAGGUUAACGAUUACUAUGGUCCACUUGUUGGUGUAUCAAUACUUGCUGCAAUUGCUAUUUUAGUUGCAGUAGGAUUGCUUGUAAUUCUUGCAAGGAAGCAUGGGCAUAACAAAGCUCCCAUUACGACAGCAGUACAAAGGAAACCAUUACCACAUACAGCUGCUUAUGACAAUCCAUCAUAUAAGACUUGUGAAAGUGGCUCAUCAAAUGGUGGAAGAAGCUCCCAUACAUUUGAAAAUGCCUAGCUGUAAUUUUCAAGACUAGUCCAAAUUAGACAGUUCACUAUUAGACAUUAAGGUAAAAUAAUCUUGUAGUUUUUACAAUAACUCUAAAAGAGUACAAAUGUAACUUGUACUUAUGAUGUAAUUACUGAUAAUUACCUGUAAUUAACAUGUUCCCAUUUAAUUUGAAAGAAAUUGGUUCAUAAGUAUUGCAUUAUAAGUGAUAAAAUAUAUUGAAUUCAUGAUUCAUCACCAAAGAAUGUACAAUGUACACAUGGAUGUACUAAAUUAAUGUAAUAUUUUUAAACUACCAAUUUUUGUGCAGUUUAUUGCAUAUCUUUAAUGCUACAUUGAUUAAUUUAUCCAAACUUUUUCAUUUUAGCGGUGAAAAAAAGUUUGGCUUAAUAACUAUAAUUGUUAAACAUUGUACAUAAAAUAUAUUAAUAUAUUAUUAUAAUUUGAUAUUUAAAAAAAGAAAACAAAAAAAAUAUAUACAUAAAAAAAAAGAACUGAAAGUCAAAUCUGCUUAAAGUAUUGAAGAAUAUGUAUUAAAAGUAAAUAUGAAUCAAAUUUAAUUAAAUUCAGGAUUGUGAUAUUUUACCAUGAAGUCAUUUCACAUAUAAAAUACUUAAGUAGUUAACAUUUUAAGAUUCUUAGUAGUGGACUUAAUGUAUCAAAAACCUAUCUUACAUUGUAAAAAGUAUAUUUAAUCUAAUAAGAGAAGUAUUUGGCAUAUUUAUGUUCCACUUAGAGAUUAAUUUUGUGUUAUUAAUAAAGAUAUUAAUUGCAAAAUAAUGGUUUUAUUUCAAUGAGUUUUUUAUUUUUCUCUGAAACAUAUAUUUUAUACCAAAACAACUCUAAUGAACAAGCAGUAUUUACUUUCAGAAUGUGUUAAUAAUAUUUGUUGUAAUAUUUGUUUUAUACUGAGUGAAUGAUUUGUUGCAAGUUAAAAAAGUAAACUGUCUGUUGUGUAAAUUUGUGCGAGUGAUGCUGAUAGCUAUUUUAGAAGGACUUUGUGCAUUAAUUUAUGUAAUGUUAUGAUUUCUUGUUAUUUUGCUCUGUGAAAUGUUCUCUUAACUUUCAUACUAAACUAAAUAUAAAUUAUUUUGGCCAAUUAAGAUGUUGGUAUUAGAAGUGUAUAAUUUGUUUUAUAAAGUAUGAAUGAUGACUUAUUAUAAAUAAAUGAAUUUAUUGAGUUUAUUAUUUGUUUUAUUGUUGUAUGUACUAAAUUAGAAUAUAAUAAGAUUUUGUUUGAUACUCAUUGCCUUCAAUAUUUGAUAAAACCAACAUUCAUUUAAUGUUUUGAAAUAUUUAGAAAACUCUGUUAAGAUAAUGAAAUAAAUUAUUUAACUUAA